AUGGAGGAAAUGAUUGUUGGAACGCAUGGCAUUUAUGAUGCGCCUCGCUUUGAUGGGUUGGGUAUCACCAUCGAUAGCUCACAAGGGAGGGGAAUGGUGCGUGGCUUUUUAAAUGACGGUACCACCGAUUAUAAAAGCCAUCGGAAUGUCGACAGCCUAGCAUUUGGGCACUGCGAAUAUAAUUAUCGUAACCUUGGAAGGCCGUCGCAGAUCACCAUCAAACAAACGGGGUUUUCAUUUGAGGUGUCCGUGGAUGGGAGAAGUUGUUUCCAGACCAAAAAGGUCUUUCUUCCAAAGGGGAAUGUCUUCGGGAUCAGCGCCUCGUCCACGGAUAAUCCCGAUUCUUUCGAGGUCUUCAAAUUCCACUUGUCUCAUCCCCAAUCUGACAGCGGCAAUGCUGCAAAAAACCAACGGAGCCAUCAAGCUCAGAAGCCACCGGUUCAGAAGAGUGGGAACAACCAGCAAGCCUCUCACGAUGGGGUUUCAGGAGUUCAAUCCGAGAUCAAAGAUAUCCAAGAUCGUCUCCAAAGACUCAGUGGCGCAACGGACAGGCUCUUGAAUGAACUUGCUUCCCUCUCCAAGAAAUUCGAUGACCGUCACCAAGAAAUGUCCCACAGCGCGGCUAAUCGCGAUCAAGUUAGCAGUGUGGACCAGAGAAUUAUGAGACUUGAGAGAAUGGUCGAAAGUGUCCAAAAGGAUCUUGCAAGUAAGAACUAUGAGGUCCACUUCACCAAGUUGGAGCAAGCCUUGCAUCAUUCACACUCUGGGCUGCUUGAAAAUCUACAUGAUUCCUCGCACCGUAUCCUCUCCUCCGCUCCUCGCAUGGGUUUCUUCAUCUUCCUGAUCGUGGGACUCCAAGUGUCGCUUGCCGGAGCGUAUAUCUUUUACAAGAGACGCCGCUCCCACAUGCCCAAGAAGUUCCUGUAA